AUGAUCAGAGGCGCCGACUUCCGACCCGACGAUUUCGCCUCCGAUUCAGACUCACCGUCACUGUCUUCCCAGUUGCUGGGUCUCACGUCAAUCAUGUUGUCGACAUCAUUAAGUCGGGCUGCUUGGACGCCUUUGUCUGGCAUAGCUCGUUCCGCCCAAACUGUGCCCUCAGCCGGCCUCCUUGGUGCCACCCGCCGAAUGCACCAGCGCCGCUACUCUUCGUCUUCCUCCAAACCUCCAGUUCCGCCCAGCGAUGGGCCUCGGCGCAUGGACACCUCCACUCCGGCGAAGAAUGUGAACUCUACUGGUGAGAAGGGCAAGGUUUCCCGCCGCCGUGGAAAGGAAAAUGGCGCUCGCAACGCCUCGAAGAACGGCCAGCAGGAUGCGGCAUUUUCGAACCUUCCGAGCGUCCCUUCUACACAACACAGACAGCCACACGAUGUCCACGUCGCUUCUUUCUUCUCUAUCCAUCGGCCUAUCUCCGUGACCACUACGGUUCCCCCGACCUCGUCUUCCGAAGCUUUCGAUGCUCUCUUUUCUACGAGGAAGUUCAUGAAGAAUGACCCGGAGGACGUCAUCUUCACUCUUUCCAACACCGCCCAGUCGAUGGAGAGCAUGGCGCACGGUAUGGAAUCGGAGGACCAAUUCGGCCAGCUCCAGCGCAGCUUCACAAGCGAUGCCGAUGGUGAGCUCCGUAUGCUCGAUGGCCCGGAGCCCAAGAUGACCGUGGAGGAGUACACUCGUCGUCUUCGUCCAUUCCACCCGCCCCCGGCUCCGGUCCCUAUGGAUAUGAACGCCAACGUUGAGUCUAUGGAGGCCUACGAAGCAGAGAACCAGGAGGAACUUUCUACAUAUUCGACUGUUCUGACCAUUCGGGAGUCUCGCUCUGCUGACGGUCGCAAGACCUACGAAGCAUCCACUGGUCCUUUCGUCCGGGGUGACAUGGAGGCACCCGCUGGUGAACACGAGGGUCUCACAAUCGACGCACCGAGCGACACCGCUGGCAUGACCUAUGUUGAGCGCCUUCGCCACAACAACUCCAUGCAUGCCAUCAGCACUAAGCGACGCCGCAAGGUCAAGAUGAAGAAGCACAAGUUCAAGAAGCUUAUGCGGAGGACACGCACUCUUAGACGCAAGCUCGACAAGGCUUAG